AUGUUAUCCACAACAAUAAAGAAUUGCUUCAGUGAAGUGACACCCUCCGCGAGCAGCUCAGUAUCCAUAGAAGAGACUACUCCUGGAAACGACGCGUCCUUUUACCUUAGCCAAAACUUUAAUGAUUCUUUGGAAGAUGAAUUGCAGAGCAAGGCUUGGGUCCAAGUAUUGGGUCUGGAGAGUGGAACCACUAAUGCAAGGCUGAAGAAGAUGUUCUAUCCAUAUGGUGCCGACGAGGCUUUUAUUUGCACGGAGAACUGUCAUGUGGUGGGCUUUGUGGGGUUCGAGCUGUCUGACAUGGCCGAGAUUGCCAUUGACAAGAUGAACGGAUUCAUCCCUUGCCUUCAGUCCCACUUACUCUCCGUAUCGUUGGCGUCUCUGGAGCGGGUGAUCGCGGCGUGGUUAAAAUCACGCGAGACUCACGCCAUCUCCUCAAGGCUUUUUGCAAAGCUUUCGUUUGCCAUCGACCCUACAGAUUCACUGGUGGCUUCGAUCGAGGUCAAAUCCAACAAUCAGGGCGUUUAUGCUGUCGUUGAUGAGAUCAUGGGAGAUCUGAAGCAAGCCUCUCCGUCGACGCGUGAAAAGAUACUGGCCUGUCUUCUGGAGUUACCCAUGGGUUGGGUCAAGUUCGUGGAGUUUCGCAGUAUUCUUCUUCGGAAACUCCUUCACUGCAUUUUGGCGAGCCACGAUCUCGUCGCUAUGCAAGCUUCCAACAGCGGGGCCGUUCUGGGUGGUCUCUUCAAAGCUAAGAAAUUCCCAGGGGAUCCAUUUCUUCUCGCAGUCCGACUUUUGAAAAGCGGAAUAACCAACUCUGCGCAGGCGGAUGGGAUCUGCGCCAUUGCGCACGUAUGCCAUGGAUUUCCCCCUUCCCAAUCAGAGGCCUCUUUUUGGUCGUAUUUAGGGCGGAUGGUGGCCGAUGUUGGACCGAACGCCCCUGUCGGACGAGCUCUUCUUGGACAUCUUCGCCAUCUAAAACGUAAUCCAAAGGUUGCGAUCACCCUCCCUCACCCACUCACACCACUCUUUGGAACUAUAGACAGCGCAAAAUCUUCUCCCUUGACGAAUAAGCUAAACAAAACCGAAGGGCAAUCCAUCCCUUUAGACAUUAAAGAGCAAACAAACAAAACACUGUACAUUUCAUGUCUGCCUCCUACGAUGCCUCAAAAUGUUCUAAUGAACCUGCUUAUGCGGGCAGGUCCAGUAAAUAAGGUCAGAGUCUGCUCAGGACGAGAUUCUGGGGCACUAUUCGCAUUUGUCGAGAUUUCCACAGUUGAGGGGGAGCUUCAAGCAUUACAAUACCUAAAAAAUGUCAGCAUAAUGGGAAGCUGGAUACAUGUUCAACCGGCGCGUAACUCCAUCCAAGACAAGCAGGAUGAUGAUGCAAUUUAUAAAGAUAACGUUUUGAUUCGGCCAUGUAUGUUUGGAAUCAGUUCCAUGCCCAUUGUUACUUGUGUACGCUCCAAUUCCGCCAAGCAUUAA